AUGGUUUGCAGUGGAGUGGAACCUUUGUAUACGGUGAACCAAAAGCUCAGGCAUAACUCCCUCGUCCCUCCCCCGUGCGGCGCCGCCGCCCCGCACCGGGGAGGCCCCGCCCUCCCCCUACAGCUUUGCCCCACCUCCGCUCCCCUCCGCCGCCGUCGCCCGGGGCGUCACAGGGCAAAGUCCUUGUGGCGUGGCGGCGGCGGCGGUUUUCUCGUCGGAUCUCGACCUGGUUGGGAGGCGGCGCUCCUUUCCGGCCAGAUCGGCGGCAGUGGCGCAGAUCGGCGGCGACAUGGAAGUGGUGCGGUGGCGGCGGGGGAGAACGGCACCAGCAACGGCGGAUCUGGCCUUGACUCAGUCGGGCUAAUUCGUUCUGCUACAGGUCUCAAUCGCCGUCAGCGGUGCACUGCUCCUGGACUUGAUCUGCAACACGAGGAUGUCUGGGGCGCCGGCCCUAGGCUUGUUGGUGGUGGCCUUCUUCUUCGUCGGAGUUGGUCGGCCGGCUGGCUGUGCUCGCAUGGUCAUGGCGGCGGUGGUCGCAGUGACCGGCGGCAGCGGAACUUGGCCGGUGGUAGCGGCAAUGUUCUGUCUGGAUCCCGAGGCGGCGGCCCUGGAGGGUGGCGGCCGGUGAAGCUAGGGCCUCCCGCGGCGGCAUGGCGUGGUGCAGUCCCUGUCCAAGGCAAAUCUGUGACGGCGAUCUGCUAUGGAUUGGUUCGGAUCAGAGACGGUGAUGAGCGCGCGGGAUCCUUCUCGGCGGCUCUCGUGGCUUGGCAAGGCGGGGUGGGAGCCCUCCUCCUAGGCUCCAGUGGUGGCACACUCAGGCAGUGGCCGGUGCGCCAGGGAUCCCACGGUGGCACUGUUGCUGCGGUUGGUCGUCGGAUCUAG